GAUGUCCCUGUCAGAGCGGGGUUUGUGCGCAUGCUCAGUGAUGUCCCUGGCAGAGCGGGGUUUGUGCGCAUGCUCAGUGAUGUCCCUGUCAGAGCGGGGUUUGUGCGCAUGCGCCCUGUGAUUUUUCUUUCUGUCUGUCCCCGCCAAGGUGAGGCCCAGUUCUCUGUCAGGAUUAUAGCGCCGGCGGCCGCGCUCUCUUACCCGGUUAGAAGGGGGGUGUCAGACUGACAGGGGAGCACACUGAGUGCGGUGUCGUGCUGUUUGCCCAGUAAUAACUCCGCUUGGAUCUCCGAGCUCUCAUUGUACAUGUGACCUUGCUCCAGCUGCAAGAGAUUGUCAGCUCUUCGGUUCAGUUAGGUGCCUAUUGAGGCUGUAGAUCCAUAGCUAUCCAUAAGCACACAUCAAACAUUUGCGCUUCGGUUGCUGUGGGCCGCUGAUACUUUACUGAGCAUUAUGGGAAAUGUAGUCCACAGCAGCUGGAGUGCCAGUGGUUAGCUUGCUUGGUGUCAGCAGUGAGCAGCAGGCAGUCCUGGCUGACCUGUGUAAGGGUUGGCAUUUCACACGGUAUUCUAUAAGCCUAUUUAUAUGUAUGCUGGGGCAAUUGCAUUCUUCAGCAAGAUGUAUUUUUAAUGAACACAUUAGCUUUUAGAAAAGAAAAAAAAAAUUCUUGUCUGCAAGAAUAAAUUUAACAUGUCAGAUGUAGACUUGCAUUCGUAACAGAGCAUUCAAAGUUACAGACAUAAUAAUAAUUUUUUUUUUUUAUUUCAGCUUCUUCCAGUGUAAUACUCCUGUUAUUACCUUCCAUUCAGAAUGUACGCUUGCGCCAAGUUUGUGUCAUCCCCAGCCCUGGUAAGUAACUCCCACGGUACUAGUUUUAAAAUGUAUGAAAGGUAUGGUAUACUUGUGGCUAGUUAAAACAUAAAUAAACCAUCACUUUACACCUUUUCUGUACUUGAAUAGCAAUCUUUUAUUAGUUUAAAAUUGUACUAUAUUUUUCUGUUGGUAUAGACAUGCAAAUUUUGUUAAUUUUUUUUUUUUUUUUUGCAGUGCAUAGGUCUAGUACAGGCAAGUUAAAGGUACCCCAACGGCAUUCCUCAAGCAUAGCAUCUCAUGUGACAAUUGGGGUAUUUAGAAGGAAUUGCAUUAUUUUAUGGUAUAUUAGAAACAAGAUAAACAUCAAGCUAAGCAAUUUUGUCAUACACGAGAGUAAACGGAGAGUCAUCAUAUUAGCUAUUACAUUGAAAUUAACUAGAUACGGUCAUUAUGAAAGCCUGCGCAUCUAGGCAAGCUGUUAGGAACGCUGUGGAGAGGUAAAAUAGGAAAGUAAAACAUAAGAAAAAAAACAAACAUACUACUCAAGGCUUGGUGCAUGGCAUGUAAAACACAAAAUUUUGCUGCUCUGGUUGGUAAGGAGAUAAUGCGUCCAUGUAUUAGUCCCAGAUGCUAAAUUAGCCAAUUCCUCUAGGUGGCAGGGAGGUAGUGCCGCUUGGGCUCUUGGUACUCCAGAGCAUGGUGUCUCCUCGGCCCCAUGCCUGCAGGAGGGCUGGCAUCUGGAAGCCACAGGCUUGGAUACGUUGAGGGACCAGAUCUCUCCCCAUCACAGAGGGGGGGCGAGGGUGGUGAGGGUUUUUCUCCGCUUGUAUGCUGUUCUCCGUCUGUAUGCUGUUCUCCGCCUGUGCGGUCGAUGCAUAUAGGUCUUGCCUCGUGUGGCUCUCUGCCUGGGUGAGCGUAAGUGAGCUUGUGGAAGUCUCAUUUGUUUUAUGCUCCGAGGAGGCUUCACCCUGCCUGAGUGCCCUCUUCUUCUGUCUCCCUUCCGCUGUGCUGAGCCAUGGGUAGUGGUGUCUUGUAGACGAUCUUGAGCCAAAAGGCCUGGAAUACUUGGUCCAGCCGCCUCAGGGAGUAGGGAUAUGUAUCACUGAGUGCCCUUUUGGUUGCGAUCGUGUCAUGUGCGUUCGUGCAGACUGCAUCCGCCAUCUUGGGAUUGUGAGCUGCACUGUGAUCUGCUCAGUUUUUCAGUUGGGUAAUGUUGAUGUAGCUGACUGCUCUCCGGGGGGGACCGGGAUAUCCCCCGCCGGUCCAGGGGUGGGGGGGGGGGUUGGAAUGUCACGUGUAUAGUAGCAUAGUUCAGUGGGAGGAGAGCGGCCGUCUCUCCCUCGUUUGGACUCCAGUAGGCCUCAACCUGCUGCCGUGGUUCACGGUGUCUCAGAGCGUCGGGGAAGGUACCUGCAGAUAGAGUAAGGUGCCCCCAGCAUGGAGGUCACCUUGAACAGAGGUCUCCGAGCUGCCAGCCCAGGAUAUCACUGGGCAAUCAGCAUGUGCAGCAGGUGCUCAUGUGAUGCACGUCUUGUCUGCUUGCAGUCCAGGCUCUGCCACCGACAUGCAAAUUUUUUGAGGAGCCACUCUAAGGACCAGCAUCAUUAAAGCCUAAUGUAUUGGUUCUGGUGCAAAAAGACUAUCUCUGCAGCCUUAGCAUUGCAAACUCUGCUUUUUUUGUGUUUUUAUUGUGUUCUAAGGCCACCCCUAGUGGCUGUCACUGAAACAGCUACUUGAGACACUUCCUUAAGUGGUCCUGCAAUCUUAGCAACACAGACAUUUGGCGUCUUCAUGCAGAGUUGGACACUCCCCAUUGAGAUACAUUGAGCCACUUUAUUUCUAUUAAGGAGAUGCUGAAUGGCACGACAUUUGUUUCAAUGCCUUUCCUUGAGGAGCAUUGUUAGCACAUUAGAUUGUAGCACAAGCAUUUGAUUGGACAAAAAUGAUCAGUAACAGAAGGCAGAUCGGAGCUACAGUGAGGAGACUCCUGGUACUUACAGGGACACUCCAGGCACCCAGACCACUUCUGCCGUGUAUGCGCAUUAGGUCUCCCCCGCUGGCUAAUGUCGGUGUGGGCGGAGACUGACCCAGCGCCGAGGGGUUUUAACCCCUUCAGCAACGUGGGAGGGGGCACUGCAGGAUUCUGCAGUGCCAGGAAAACAGAUUUGUCUUCCUGGCACUGGAGACUCCCUUUAAAUGCUGAAAUUAGAUUCCUAAUAAUCUAAACAUAUAGGAACACUUUCUUAAAAAUAAAUAAAUAUAUAUACUUUAAAUUGAAGUCACCCUUUAAAGUUUGUAAAUAUCUAUUGUACUCCAUCAUUGUGAGCUCAACAUGGUAUGCAGAUCACAUUUAUCUGGAAUUAAUGUAAGCUCACAUUUCAAUGUUAUGUGUUUAUUUUGAAAGUUCUAAUAGUGGAAAUUAGGUCGGAGGAAUCACCCAAAAUUUCAAAAUUCAGGCUGAAUGCUGUGUUGGAGAAUCUCCCAACUUCACUAUUUUGGUCUUUUUUCAAUUCACCUUCAGUGUGUGUGUGUAUAUAUAAUAUAUUAUGAUUUAUUUAAAUAAGUUUGCUUUCUUUGUCCUUUUUUGUGUGUUCAGAUAAGGAAUGGAGCCAGUAUUCUCUGCCGUCCACUAUCUGCCCCACUUCUGAACUACACCGUACUUAGGACAGAGCAGGUAUUUAUCUAAAUAUGCUUCAAGAUAACAGUUGGUGCUUAUGUGUAUAAUAUUUUUAUUCAGGUUUUGUUGGGGGGGGACGGGUAAUAAAAAAAAGUUAUCAUGUGUCAAUAAAAUAAAAACAUGUACAACAGUUAUAACUCAAGGCUGCAAACUGAUGACUUAUAUUUUAACUGUCAUCAAUUUGCAGCCUGUGCAGAGACAUGCAAUUGUAGCAGUACUUUCUAGGUGCAAUUUUCAGAAUACUUAAAGAAAAACUGCGGAGUACCAUAACCACCGUCAGCAGGCUGUAAUAGUUGUGGUGCUAUGAGUGCAAUAGUGUUGUCCUCCCAAUGUUAACAGGCAAACCACUUUAGAAUGGUUUGACUUGAGUCAGGAGCUCUCAGUCUGUGUAUGAGCUAGCACUGUUGAGCUUAUUUCAGAAGAGCUAACGAAAGCUAAUCGGCAGGAACCUCGAACCUCGAACCUCAGGCUCUCCUGGCUGCUGUAAGAAGGCAGGGGCUUUUGACUCUAAAAUGAGGAUCUCUUUUUGACAUGUAGUAGAUCUUGGAAUGUCAUAAUUGUUGACAUAACUCAAAUCUAUUCAUUUUUAUUGGAAUACAAAUGUGCACAGGAAGUGGGUGCAGUCACUAUAGCCAGUCUGAUAAAGCAAAACUAAUCUCAAGAAAAAUCAUGAAAAAAAUAAAUGUAGAGGUAUAUAUAUAUUUUUUGUUCCCUCCUCCAGAGCAGAGGCAGUGCACAACAACAGGGAUAUGACACAGUGUCUUGGCAUGAGGGCAGGCAGGCAUGCAAACUAGAGAUUUCAAAGUUACGCUCCUCAUGAUAUUCCUCCCCACAUAGUGUAAACCUCCAUACUGACAUAGAGACCCCAGUUCUCUGCCUGCCCUGGCAGGAUUGGUAGACACUCUUUUUGGUUUUUCUCUGGAGCGAGCUGGGGCAUCUGAGGCCGAGGGAGGCUUUGCUCUAUCAGGGAAGGUGAGCUCUGAUGUGGGCCUGGUUCUUUACUCUAUUGUUCCUUUUUUUUUUCAGGUUUAGACAUUUGUCGGCCUGCAAACCAGUCCUGGAAAAUUUUUCACAAUUAUCUACACUUGACUUAUUACUAAACCUUUUUGUGCUGUUCUUUUUAAACCUGGUUUUGUUUUUAUAGUAAAAAGCUUCUGCCUAUUUCUAGAAUUAGCACACACACAGGACAGUCACCUAACAUAUAUGUUUUGAAAUACAUUUUAAAAACUGUAUUAACUUAAUACCCAUUGCUUUGUGUUUGAAUAACACAAUUGUCAUUCUUUAAUGUAUUUACAGCAGUUGCUACCUGUUCCAGCACGAGGGAUCCAGAGCAGUGCAGUGUGCAGGGACAUUGACACUGCUGCUAAGUUCAUUGGCGCCGGUGCUGCCACAGUUGGAGUAGCAGGCUCUGGUGCUGGUAUUGGCACUGUGUUUGGAAGCCUGAUUAUUGGCUAUGCCAGGUAAAACAUAGUUUUUGCUGUUACCUCUCUUGCCUGCUAUUUGAUCUGCAAAUUUCUUGGAUACGUUGGAGCUUGUUGUUCUUAAUUCACGCCUUGACCAGAAAUGUGGUAAAAGACAAUAUACACGCAUGUCACAAAAAAGACUCUAAAGGAAAAACGUAACUGGCCUUUUUGAAAAGUAAUGAUCGAGCAUGGCUGUGUACACACAUUGUCAUAAGCUUUAAAACUAAUGUACAUUAUACAUGUAGUAAACUAUAUAAACGUUUUUUUUUUUUUUAAUUGUUUAAUAUACAAAUUAGAUAUGUGAAUUUAGGCCAGUACACCCCGGAUUGCAGUGUAAGUAAAACAAAAUCAAAACCUUUUGAAAUAUAGAAGUGCAAUGACAUAAUCAGUUUGACAAAGAUCAGAUACAGUGUGGUCUUCUGUAAAAACAUGUGUGGGGAUAUAAUUAGUAGAGUUUGCUCUUUGCUUUCAAGCAUCCGCAAGUCUCCCCUGUUUAAUAUACUGCAAAGGAUGCAUUGACUGAAGCAGGGAAGACCAUAGAGCAGGCUUCCCCAAACUCCAGCUCUUCAGAUGUUGCUGAACUACAACUCCCAUGAUUCUCAGCCUAUUUCAUUCAUAGAAUCAUGGGAGUUGUAGUUCAGCAACAUCUGGAGGGCCGGAGUUUGGGGAUGCCUGCCAUAGAGAUUGUUAGAUUCAUAUACUGUCUGACACAAGAUGCUUGUAUAUGUAUAUUCACAAAAACUACAGUAUUGAUCAUACAAAAAUUGGUAUGUAAAAAAACUAUGAACAUUAAUGUUUUUGCUGAUGACUGGAGUGCAAAUUUAAACUAUAUAUGUCCAGCGUUGACAGUAAAUAUGGUUUUAGUUUCAUUCUCUAUUGCAGUGAAUCCUGUGCCAGUUUAGGAAUAUAUUAGACUUGCCAUUUUAAUGUUUUUGAUCUCAAAAUAAGAGUUGAAAAAUCUGUGUAAUUAAGUCAUUCAAGCCAUUACUGUUAUUCCUCAAAUAUAAAACACGCUAUGUAUAAGCAAUGCAUUUAUUAGAAUGUCUCUAACAAUGUAUGCCUGAUAAUGAGUUGUCUUUCUCCAUAGGAACCCUUCUCUCAAGCAGCAGCUUUUCUCCUAUGCCAUCCUGGGAUUUGCUCUGUCUGAAGCUAUGGGACUCUUCUGUCUUAUGGUUGCUUUCCUAAUCCUCUUUGCAAUGUGAAUAAUCUCACCUAUGUCAAUGCCAUUUAUCUGUGUCCCAAUCUUCUGUAUCUGUAGCUGAGGGUCAUCCCCCUUCUAUUAAAGGGAAACUAAAGUUAAAAUUAACACUUUUCUACUUUUAUGAAAAAUGUUUUCCUAAAUGUUUAUAUUCAUAUCUCUGUAUCAUGUCUGAAUGUAAGAUAUUUAGAAAAACUUGUAUGUGCCAUUUUUUUAAAGCUGGUUAGGGGAAGCAAUUUUCCUUUUCACUUGCUCUCUUGAGCACUUCCUGAACAGGAAAUCGAAAAUAAAAAAAUAUAUACAUAUUUGCGAGUAAAAUACUUUCAUACAGUAGAAACUUGUGUAUUUCAUAUAUAGUUUCCAUUUAAGUUUACCCUGCUACAGGAUUGGCCAGUUGAUUCUGGGAAAUAAACAAGUAAUAUUAAAUGACUGCCUUUGUUUUUUUCUAUUUAAGUGGACCCUAUUAUUUACAAAACAUUCAGACAAUAAACACUCAACAUGGUAUACAUGUUAUCUUGAAAGUGCCAG